UCCAAAUCAUUUUCUAACACCACUCCCCUCUCUUUCACAUAUCAUUUAUCUUUGUUAGUCCCUCUCCUCGUGAUCCUUCUUUCAACCUCUCUCAAUGGAUCUCUCUGAGAUCCAUCACUUUUUCCAAAUGUUUGAUCAUGAUGGUGACGGCAAGAUCACCAAACAAGAGCUAACCCACUCUCUUGAACGCCUCGGGUUUGUUAUACCCGAGAAGGAUCUUGAACACAUGAUUGAUCAUAUUGACACAGAUGGUGAUGGGUCGGUGAACUUGGAGGAGUUUGAGAGGUUGUAUGAAGCUAUAAUAACGGAGGAGAGGGACGAAGAAGAGGAUAUGAAAGAGGCAUUCAAUGUCUUUGACAAGAAUGGAGAUGGGUUCAUAACGGUUGAGGAGCUUAGGUCGGUCUUGACUUCACUUGGCUUGGAACAAGGCCGAAGCGUUGAGGAUUUCCGGAUCAUGGUGAAGAAGGUAGAUGCGGAUGGAGACGGGAUGGUCAAUUAUAAUGAAUUUAGGCAGAUGAUGAAAGGUGGUGCCUUUGCAACCAAGGAUACCCCUUGACAUCUAUUGAAUCCUGUUUUUCUAUUACCAUCUUAUUUCAUCACUAUGUAUCUUUAUGGGAAUUCAAAUUAUAUAUAAGAAUCAUAACUUCUCAAGGUU